AUGCAAAGUUCUUCCCUACCUCCUAAAUUUCAGACCAGUGAUGCAAAUUCAUUUGGUCAAUAUACUGCAGAGAAGCGGUGGCCCAUUAUUGUUCAGAACUGCAUUGAUGAUUUCAGUGCCGAAACUGGGUUGAGUCCUUCAGCGUUGGCUCAGCAGCAGCAUAUAUUGGACGAGCUGGAGAAGCUUAAGAGGGAGAUUCAGGAAGAUGGUGAGUUAAGGCCGUUUACAAAGGAGGAGAUGGAAUUGAGUAAAGUUCCAAAGGUUUUUAAUGAAAGGGGUGAGGAGCUUGGGAAGCAGACCUGGGUUAAUGGCGAAUGGCUCUAUUGUGAGGUAUACCUCUAUCGCAGGAUUUUGGUUUUGUUUCGUCAGAAUGAGGCAUGGAGGGAUUAUGAUGUGUUUGAAAGUGUGAAGCGGGAAACGUUCCGUCAAUCAGAACAUGGUGUUGUGGAAUUGGCUAAAUGGUACCAAAGUUUGUCAGGCCAAAUGGGAAGUGAGUUGGAAGCACUGUUCCAGGAGUUUGUUGAGAUUUCGCUUUGGGGAAAUGCUACGGAUUUGUCUUUGCUAACGAAUGUGACGUUGGAAGAGAUUCAAUCUAUCCAAGGAGCGUCAGUUCGGUCAGAUUCGCAGGAGCGGAUCUUGAUCAAUGAUACUAGUUUAGUGUGGCAAGCCCUUGGAGCUGGCAAGGUGCGUGAUAGUAAGCAGCGUGUGGAUUUUGUUCUUGACAAUAGUGGGUUUGAGUUGUAUGCAGAUUUACUAUUUUCGUUAUUUUUGCUUGAUUCAGGUAUGGCUGGCACCUGUGUAUUACAUGCGAAGGACUCCCCUUAUAUGGUCAGUGACACGAUGGUUAAAGACUAUCACCAACUAACUGGUGAUUUACAUGAUAGGAGCUUCUUCUCUUGUGAUAGCGGCAAGGACACCGCUGCUCGCUCUGCACUAGAUUUUGUUAGUGAACGUAUUUCUUCAGCAUUCUCCAAAGGUCAACUUGUUGUGAAGGAACAUCCUUUCUGGACUGAGCCGGGCGACUUCUGGGAGCUUGUACCAGGCCACCCUGUUUUUGAAGACCUCAAAGAUUCAGAUCUUGUAAUCUUUAAGGGCGAUUUCAAUUACCGUAAACUCACCGGUGACCUCCGUUGGCCACGUUCUACUCCAUAUAGGAAGGCCAUCGGACCCCUCGCACAGCAUGGGUUACGUUCGCUCAGUUUAAGAACUGCGAAAUCGGACGUCAUUGUCGGUCUGGCAGAGGGUGUUGACGAGAAACUUUGUGCCGAAUGGGAGGCAAAGGGUAACGAGCAUGGAUCUUGGUGGGCUUCCAGCGGAAAAUGGGCCGUCAUUUGUUAUAGCGAUGGGAAACCCCUCUAG